AUAUGUUCAUUCUCCAUUCCUUUCAAUAAGCAUCACAUGGCGACAAGAUGGUGAGGCAAUCCACAGCUACAGCAUCCUCUUCAAGUACGCCAGGAUGGGCUCGUUUGGCUUUGAAAGGUCAAUCAGCAGAUUCAAUUCAGAAAAAGCUGAAUGGGUUAUGGCAUACAUUGGAGAAGGAGCAACCAGGAGAUGUAUCCACAGAGAUCCUGGACAAUGUGAUGAGUCAGAUCAAUCAAAAAGAUUUGAUGUUUCACAAGAACAAGGAAAUCCGGACGGCAUUGGCAUUGUCAAUUGCGCAAGUAUUGCGACUAUAUGCGCCUGAAUCACCCCUGGAGGAAGAUCAAUUGAAGCUUGUUUUCGAUUUGUUCCUUGCCGUUCUCACUUCACCGACAAAUGGAUUAGGGAAGCAGAAUGGAGCUCAAUUUCAGGACUGUAUUGCCUUGCUCGACAGUCUCGUACGCAUGAGAGCAUUUGCACUCUUGUGCGAGUACUGUAAUGCCGAACAAUCGAUGCAGGAAUACUUCAGAAAGUUCUUUGAUCUCGUGCAUCCGGAUUUGCCCAAGAACGUCGAAAUUUCGAUCGCAGAAGCACUGAGCUUGUUCAUCCAACAUAGCACCACCGUUCCAAAAGGCGUAGUCAAGCAGUUGAUCGCCAGCUUUCAACCAAAAGUGAAAAAGUCAAAUCCUGCUGCAUCACAUUUGGCUGAAUUGAUUGGCCAAAAUGCUGCAGAUGAACUGCAAACCUACAUUGCUCAAUAUUUCGUGGAAGUGCUAGAGCAAGCAGUCCAGGUGACCGAUGAGCAGGAGCGAGAGUCAGAUCUUCAAGCAUGCCAUAUCCUCAUUGCACAUGUGCACAAAAUGGUUCCCAAAUUGAUGUACAACGUUUUACCACAAUUGGAAGAAGAAAUUCGCGCAGAAGACCCAAAACUGCGACUUAUCGCAGUUCAGACAUUUGGUCAAAUCUUUGCCCAUCGUGCACUGCAACCCGGAAAUCAUCAAACAACAUUGGCAAAGAUGUACGAAAAUCCAUGGAAGGUUUGGCUUACGAGAAGUUGGGACAAGAAUAACUCCGUACGGGUGGCUUGGGUAAGCUCGCUCGUAUCCAUCAUCGGAAAAGACAGCAACAUGGAUGCUGAUGUGAUGCAAAGCGUCGAGCAGAAGCUACUUGACUCUGAUGAAAAGGUUCGAUUGGCCAUGGUGAAGGUGUUCCUUACUCUGGAAUAUUCGGUUCUUCGCUCAAUUCUGACCCGACAACUCUAUGAUACCCUGGCAGAAAGAGUCAAAGACAAGAAAGUUAACGUGCGUAUAGCUGCUUUGCAGGUGUUGGGACGCAUCUUUGCCUUGGCAUACGAGGGAAUUGCAUCUGGAGAUGCGGCCACAAUUAAACGUUUUGGAUCUAUCCCAAAUGACAUGGUUUCAGCACUCACUGCUCAAGAUGGUCAGCGAAUGAUCACAGACAUCCAAGCCAGCUUCGAGCGAUUCAUAUUACCGCUACCUGCAGAUGCCAAUUUGACAGAAUGGACCAAGCGCCUCCAAAUUGUCAUUCAACUGAUCGAUCCAGAUCUGGUGCAUUGCUUCAUUCAAGUAUUCAAUUUGAAGGCUCCUAGAAAGCACUUCUUUGGAUUCAUUGACGCUUGUAAGCGUUACAACGGCGGAGUCGUGGAGAAUUCACAGGUUGAUCAUGUUCGCAAGUCCAUGCUCAGAUGGAUCGAUGUGCUGAGCACCCAAUUUCCCGAUCCACUCAAAGCUGGUCAAGAUCUACAUGCAUUUGCUAAGCAAAAUGAUGCUCGCGCUUACAAGCUUAUUGCUAUCAUAAUGGAUCAAGGGACCACCAUUGAACAAUACGUGAAAGUGUACAAAGAGCUUGUGAAGCGUUCACAAUCGGAGCGUUAUGCUGCAACACUUAUUGCCUUUGUCCGUCUGGCAGGCUUCCCCUUUGUGAAUACCAGCUCGAUUUUGCCAAUCCUCAACACGUUAGAUCAAGACGCUUCCCACCUCUUGUUGCCGUCGAAGCAGACAAGUUACCAACACUGCACUCUGCAAAUGCUCAAGACCAUGUCAGAAGCACGUACAGAGAUGUUUGCGCCACACUUUGAUCAAUUACGUGCCACUUUACAUGAAGAUGAAGUUGGGCAGAGGAAGCGUGUCUUCUCCAUGUUGGUGCUCAGCAAUGCACAAUCACACCUCCGUGAUCAGGAACCGAUUCAAUUCUCCGACAGUGAUAUCGAGUCUCUAGGAGACAUUCUCAAAACAACCACAGAUCCAGAUUGUGCAAAGUUCGGUUCGAAGCUUCUUGCUUUGAUUGCAUCCAACACAGCGUCAAGUGGCUAUGAGACGGCUUAUCGUAUUGCAGAGGAACUGAGCGAGAAAUUUGGAAGUACACUACCGGUCAAUGAGGCAGACUCUCUCGUUUGUGCUUUGAUCAUCUUACGACAAAUCACAAAACAUGCAAGAGAUGCUACAGCUGCUAUCAGUGAUGAAAUGACCGCGUCGGUGUUGAAUGUCUUGGUGCAAGAGUAUACACCUCCCGACUCAAUCGACGAAUCACAAGAUUGGUUCGAGCCAGAGGAGAUGGAUAGCUCACUGAAGACAAAGCUGUUAGCCUUACGCUUCUUGACGGCCAAAUGCAUUGCUUUUGCAGAUCACGAAGACAUUGGAGAGAUCGCUGCACCAAUUCUUCGAUUGAUAUGUUUCUCCUUGUUGCAUGGAGAACCGGCAAAAGGUAUCUACAGGCAUUCUGCUGCGCAUUCGCACAUCAAAUUGGAAGCUUCGUUGCAACUUCUCAAGAUGGCUCGCCAUUCUGCGCUGGAACGUAUGAUCGGCGUAUCAGAUAAUCAACAAUUAGCAUUGAUGCUGCAAAGUGACCAUUUCAAGGUACGCGAGAAUUUCAUCCGCAAGUUAUGCAAAUAUGCCAUCUCCAAAGCGGCCCAUCUUCCUCCUCGGUAUUAUGCAUUCAUGUUCCUUGUGGCAAAAGAUCCUGAAGAUGAAAUCAAACGAUUGGUCAAAGAGACUUGUAAUGGCCUUUUAUCGGUCAUGAAACCCGAAACAAGGUUGCGAUAUUUCGAUAUUGCAUUGGCUCGUUUGAUUUACAUGAUCAACCAUCAUCCCGAUUUUGAAAAUCUCGCAACGGCAGAAGGUGACGCUUUGAUGUAUAAUCUUGAAGAAUCGGCCGAUUACUUUGAAUUUUACUUCUAUUGUUGCUUAACGCAGGACAAUCUCGCUUGCCUCAACUAUAUCGCAAGUCGCUGCAAAGGCAUGCGUGAUCAUGUCGAAGAAGGAGAACGUAGAGGCGUGAUGGAAGAGGAUGGUCCGAGAACGAUUGGACUUCAUAUUUUAAGCGAUGUUUGCACUUGUCUCAUCAAGCGUAGAGCGGAAUCUAUGGGCACGAUUGUUGGUGAUUGGCAAGGUCAGGUCGGCUUGCCCAAAGAGCUUUACACGACAUACAUUAGUAGAGAAGAGCAAGUGAAGGUACUCAAAAAGACCUAUCUGAGCAAUGAAAUCGUUGAAGCCUUCUCACAUCCAAUCCGGCUUGCACGUCCUGGUCAAGCAAAACGCAAAGUAUCUGCCCAGAUUGAGAAGCAAACGAAUCGAACGCCCAAAAAGGCGAAAACUGCCAAAGAAAAAGUUCAACCCAGAAAACGUCGUCUCAAUGACGAGGAAUCAUCUGAUGAUGAAGAGGAGGAAGAAGAGGACGACGAUCCAUCUUCUGAAAUCAGUGCAGAUGAAGAAGUUGAGACCACAGAAGAUGAAGCAGAAGCAGGUCGUGGUGUACGUAACCGUCGCAAACUUCGACAAGAGAAGCGAUCACGCAAUGAACGUCGUCGUCAGAAGAGAGAAGCUAAAGCGAAGAAAUGA